AUGGAGACGCCCUCUUCCCACUGCCGAGAGGAGUCUCAGUUCCAUGUCUUUCCAAACCUCAAACCUUGCGGAUCAAAAACGGGUGGUGCUGAAGGCCACGGAGGACCCACUCUGCCUGAGAAGCCGUCACCGUCAUCGCACACACCCUGCGACCUGCCUAACGGUUGGGCUCCCACGUCGACGGGUCUGCCCCCCGCAAAGAAACCUGUGAGUUGGAGGAGACCUUCUGUGGUUGGGGCUGGCCUGCAGAACCUGGGGAACACGUGCUAUGCGAAUGCGGCCCUGCAGUGUCUGACGUACACACCACCCCUCGCCAGCUACAUGCUGUCCCAGGAGCACUCCCGAAGCUGUGGGAGGCAGCCAUUCUGCGUGCUGUGUGCUCUGCAGGCUCACGUGACCCGGGCCCUCUGCCGUCCGGGAGACGUGAUCCGGCCUCCGCCAAAACUGCUCGCUGCCUUCCACACACACAGGCAGGAGGAUGCCCAUGAGUUUCUGAUGUUCACUCUGGAUGCUAUGCAGCAAGCGUGUUUGCGUGAGGACAAGCCUUCAGAGCCUCAGGCUCAGGACGCCACCCUCAUCCGGCAAAUCUUUGGGGGGUACUGGAGGUCUCAAAUCCAGUGUCUCCACUGCCAGGGUGUCUCCAGCACUUUGGACCCUUACCUGGACAUUAGCCUGGAUAUCAGGGCAGCUCAGAGUGUGAGCCAAGCUUUGCAACACUUGGUGAAGCCCGAACAGUUGGAUGGUGAAAAUGCCUAUCGUUGUAGUACUUGUCUCGACAAGGUACCUGCUUCCAAGACGUUGACUUUGCACACUUGCUCCAAGGUCCUGAUGCUGGUAUUGAAACGAUUCUGCCAUUUCACGGGCAGCAAACUGGCUAAGGAAGUGCAAUAUCCUGAGCGCCUUGACAUGCGACGCUACGCGUCUGGGCAGGACGGGGGGUCGCUGACUUAUGUGCUCUAUGCCGUGCUGGUGCACGCGGGCUGGAAUUGUCACAGCGGACAUUACUUCUGUUACAUCAAAGCUGGGAACGGCCAGUGGUACAAAAUGGACGAUGCGAAGGUGACCGCCAGUGAUGCGACGUCUGCCCUGAGCCAACACGCCUAUGUCCUCUUUUACAUCCAGAAGAGUGAAUUGGAAAGAGAGCGUGCGAGUGAGCCAGGUGCUGGGGAAUCCACAUGCCUCCAGGCUGACCACGCAGGCACGGCUGCGGCCCAAGGGGGGCCUGAAACCGACCCCAACAUCGAGGUGCCACAAUUGGAGGAUCACGUGGAAGAGACACCACUGCCAGCAACCACGUUAGACCAGUGGAGAUUCCUCCAAGAAAGCCACCGUCCCAAGUCUGAAUUCAACCUCAGGAAACUAGAAUUUGCUCUUCCCCCCGACGCAGUCCUAAUUCACCAGUCCAAAUACAGAGAUGAGAUGGGAAAGGAUCACCGUGAACCAAGCAUCUACCGGCUCAACAGUUCAGCCAGGGACAUCCCACCUCAGAGGGCAACGGCCAUUCACCAAGUCCCUUGUCUCACCGGCAGAGCCAGAGCUACCAAGAGGAAGAACAAGAAGGGACAGAGGUCUCAGGAAGCAGUGCAGGGAUCCCACUACAGGCUUUGAGAUACAUGCCUGCCCACGUGCACACUCACCCAC